UCGGCCUCAGUCCGGCCCGAAGUAUGGCCGGCGUCAGCUUCAGCGGCCACCGUCUGGAGCUGCUGGCUGCUUACGAGGAGGUGAUUCGCGAGGAGAGCGCGGCCGACUGGGCUCUGUACACAUAUGAGGAUGGCUCAGAUGACCUCAAGCUUGCAGCAUCAGGAGAAGGGGGCUUACAGGAGCUCUCUGGCCACUUCGAGAACCAGAAGGUGAUGUACGGCUUCUGCAGCGUCAAGGACUCCCAGGCUGCUCUGCCUAAAUACGUGCUCAUCAACUGGGUUGGUGAAGACGUGCCUGAUGCCCGCAAGUGUGCUUGUGCCAGCCAUGUGGCUAAGGUGGCUGAGUUCUUUCAGGGCGUCGAUGUAAUCGUGAAUGCCAGCAGUGUGGAAGACAUUGAUGCCGGCGCCAUCGGGCAACGGCUCUCCAACGGGCUGGCGCGGCUCUCCAGCCCCGUGCUGCACCGGCUGCGGCUGCGGGAGGAUGAGAAUGCCGAGCCUGUGGGCACCACCUACCAGAAGACUGACGCGGCUGUGGAGAUGAAGCGAAUUAACCGUGAGCAGUUCUGGGAGCAGGCCAAGAAGGAGGAGGAGCUGAGGAAGGAGGAGGAACGGAAGAAGGCCCUGGAUGAGAGACUCAGGUUUGAGCAAGAGCGGAUGGAGCAGGAGCGGCAGGAGCAGGAGGAGCGUGAGCGGCGCUACCGGGAGCGAGAACAACAGAUCGAGGAACACAGGAGGAAACAGCAGACUUUAGAAGCUGAAGAGGCCAAGAGGCGGUUGAAGGAGCAGUCUAUCUUCGGUGACCAGCAGGAUGCAGAGGAAGAGACCCAGAUGAAGAAGUCAGAAUCGGAGGUAGAGGAGGCAGCGGCCAUCAUUGCCCAGCGGCCUGACAACCCACGGGAGUUUUUCAAGCAGCAGGAACGAGUUGCAUCAGCCUCUGUAGGCAGCUGUGAUGUGCCCUCACCCUUCAACCACCGACCAGGUCGUCCGUACUGCCCUUUCAUUAAGGCAUCGGACAGUGGGCCUUCCUCCUCCUCCUCUUCCUCCUCCUCCCCUCCACGGACUCCCUUUCCCUAUAUCACCUGUCACCGCACCCCAAACCUCUCUUCCUCCCUCCCAUGCAGCCACCUGGACAGCCACCGGAGAAUGGCGCCCACUCCCAUCCCUGCCCGGAGCCCAUCUGACUACUCCAGCACAGCCUCCACCCCUGUCUCUGAGCAGAUCGAGCGGGCCCUGGAUGAGGUCACGUCCUCGCAGCCUCCACCACUGCCACCGCCACCCCCACCAGCCCAAGAGACCCAGGAGCCUAGCCCCAGCCUGGACAGUGAAGAGAUCGUCAAGGAGGCCAGAGCAGCAACCCCUCAGGCCUGGGCCAGCCCCUUGGAGGAGACCCCUCAGGCUCGGGAGCCCACCCAAGGGCAAGCCAGCCCCACAGAGGACUUGAUGUUCAUGGAGUCUCCAGAGCAGGCUGUCCUGGCUGCCCCUGUGGAGUCUGCCACAGCUGACACCACUGCAGCCGACACCUCAGUAGCUGAUGCUGAUGCAGCUGACACCACUGAAACCACCGCUGCCACUGCUGACACCACCAUUGCCAACAACAUCACCCCUGCUGCUGCCAGCCUUAUUGACCUAUGGCCUGGCAAUGGGGAAGGGGUCUCUGCACCCCAGGCUGAGCCCAGGGCCCCCCCCUCACCCUCAGGUGCUGAAGUCACUCUGGCGGAAGUGCCCCUGCUGGAUGAGGUGGCUCAGGAGCCACUGCUGCCAGCGGGCGAAGGCUGUGCCAACCUUCUCAAUUUUGAUGAGCUGCCUGAGCCUCCAGCCACCUUCUGUGACCCAGAGGAGGAAGUAGUAGGGGAGCCCCUGGCUGUCCCCCAGGCCCCAGUUCUGCCUUCAGCUCUAGAGAACCUGGAGCAGGAGCAGGAGCCAGAACCAGAGCCAGAGCCUCACCUGCUGACCAAUGGUGAAACCAUCCAGAAGGAGGGGACACAGGCCAGUGAGGGGUACUUCAGUCAAUCACAGGAGGAGGAGUUUGCGCAAUCGGAAGAGCUGUGUGCAAAGGCUCCACCUCCUGUGUUCUACAACAAGCCUCCAGAAAUCGACAUCACCUGCUGGGAUGCAGACCCAGCACCAGAAGAGGAGGAGGGCUUUGAGGGUGGCGAUUAGUGGUGGUGCCCACCCUCAGGCUGCCCUCGCCAAGGGUGCCCACCCUUGCCAGCCUUUGGUCAGACGGCUCGCGGCCCGCCGCGCCUGCAUUUGCAGCAGCUCCGCCUGGCACCCACUUGGAUUCGGGCCCUGGCCAGGGACUUGGCCGCUUCCUUACCCACAGGGCCUGACUUUUACAGCUUUUCUCUCUCUUUUUUUUUAAAGUUGAUAGGAGACUUGUACAGUUGACUGGUUUUCCUCCCGUUGGUAGUUGAGACGCUGUUGCAAAUUCCACUCCCUCCCCACCAGUCCAGAUUGUAGCUCUUAGUCCUCUCUGCUCAGCUGGCCGGGGUGGAGGCCUCACCCUGCUUGGGGCCUGGCGUGGGGGGAGCUCUGGUGGGAAAAUGUCCCCCACCUUUUUUCCUAGUUUUAUGUUUUCUUGGAAAAAUAUCACUUUGUAUUCUCUGUCCAGGGCUUCAGAUAUUUUGCACGAAUUUUAAAACAUGGCAAUAAAUGGCUCGUGGGCUCUGGCUCCCUGGGACCCCCUCCCCGCCCUUCUCUUGGCCCCUCCCUGCCUGGCCCAAAGGAAGUAGCAGGCCCAGCUGGGGCCCCUCGGCUUCCCCGCCCUCUCCUGCCGGGCAGGUCCCAGGCUGGAGGCCCUAGGCGUGAUUCAGGUCAGGGCUAUGGAUGGGGCCCAGGAGCUUGGGUGGCCCUUCCCCAACUCCUUUCUCUUUGCUUGGGUUCCUUUUUCACAUUC